AUGAAGAGUACUGAUUUUGCUAAAUUGAUAAUAAAUGAAAAGAUUGUCAGUUUGCUAACAGAAAACUUAGAGAAUUUGUUUAAUAUAGAAUUAGAUGGGUUUAUAGGAUCUCAUCCUAUAGGAUUAAAUCUAGAUAAUAAAGAUCUUCUACUUGAAAACAACUAUUAUGUUUGUGAAAAGACUGAUGGGAUUAGGGUGAUGUUAUACGUUACUAACCAUUGUGUUUAUUUGUACGAUAGGCUAAAUAGAUUUUAUUUAACAGACUAUAGAUUUAAAGACAAAACAAAAACUUAUCUUUUUGAUGGGGAAAUGUUUAAAGAAGAAGAAAAAUAUUAUUAUUAUAUAUUUGAUACUUUAAUAUUUGAAAGUAAAAAUGUGAUAGAUUUUACAUUUGAUGUUAGACUGGGUUAUGCCAAGUAUUUUGCAAUGAAAUUGGUUCCUUUAAAUAUUUUAGUUAAGAAAGAUGUAGAAUUCUUUAAAUUCAAUAUUUUAUUUAAACAAAUGAUUAGAUCAUAUUAUUUUGAUUAUGUUCUUAAAUCAAUUUCAAAACUAAAACAUGAAAAUGACGGAUUGAUUUUUACACCUGUUAAUGAACCUUAUGAAUUAUAUACUCAAACUAAUAUUCUAAAAUGGAAACCUCCUUCGUUAAAUACUCUUGAUUUUCUAGUUGAAGAAACCGAGUAUAAAGGAAUUUAUAAGUUGUAUGGGUUACUAGAGAGACAUCAAGUGAAAUCUGAUUUAAAGUUAAAAAAUAUUGCUAUGACUGGAAUGAACACAAAAAUAUUUUUUGAUUAUUUUAAUGAUUAUGAAUUUGUAUUUGAUAGGAAUUGUAAGGUUUAUGAAUUUGUAUGGGAUGAUAAGAAAGAAACUCUUAAUUUGGAUGAUUUUUCAGUUAUAAUAGGUGGUUGGAAAUUUCAUAAAAAAAGAACUGAUAAAUCAGCGCCUAAUAAUAUUAAGAUUCUGUAUGUUCAAAUACAGUCACUUAAAGAUGUUAUUACAGAUACAGAUUUACUCAAAUUAAAAUCCCAAAUGCAAGAAAAUUACGAGAAACGAAAAAAAGGUGAGUCAAAAAACAAAGAAGAUAAUUUUCAAGAAGAAAAUGUAAAAAAAUUCAAAUAA